AAUGUCCAAUGAAGACUUGGGUUGGGUGGCAACAAGUUUGUCUUUCCUACCCGGUCUUUGUCCUCAAACUUCUAUAUCUACUUGCCACUUUAACCCCAUCAGGGCACAGGUGCAAGUUGAGAUUUUGAUUGUUGUUGGGCUCCCAAAUUCCCAAAACAGUGAUGAUCUUAAGUAAAAGAAAUGUUUUUGGCACCAAGGGAAAAAUGGGUAUAGAUUUCAUGAUUUUGGUGUUAACAUUGUCAUGGUUUUGUCUGACUACUAUAUGCGUCUCAGCUACAAAACAAGCAUACCCACCAACACCACAACCGAACCAGAACCUAAGGUUUGACCAAAAUGGAGAAUUCAAGAUAUUGCAGGUGGCAGAUAUGCACUAUGCAAAUGGCAAGACCACGCAUUGCUUGAAUGUGCUCCCUUCCCAGAAUUUUUCUUGCUCUGACCUCAACACCACUAUCUUUCUUAACAGAAUGAUCAAAGCGGAGAAACCCAAUCUUAUUGUCUUCACUGGAGAUAAUAUCUUUGCGUUUGAUUCCUCGGAUUCAGCUAAAUCAUUGGAUGCUGCAUUUGCUCCAGCAAUUGCAUCAAACAUUCCUUGGGUAGCUGUUUUGGGCAACCAUGACCAGGAAGGAACCCUCUCUAGGUCAGGGGUGAUGAAUCAUAUCGUUGGGAUGAAAAACACCUUAUCUAAAUUCAAUCCUCCGGAAGUACAUAGCAUUGAUGGUUUUGGGAACUAUAACUUGGAGGUUGGAGGAGUUGAAGGCACUGAUUUUGAAAAUAAAUCAGUGCUCAACCUGUACUUUCUUGAUAGUGGAGAUUAUUCCCAAGUUUCUACAAUUCUUGGUUAUGAUUGGAUCAAGCCCUCCCAGCAACUUUGGUUCCAACGAACAUCUGCAGAACUUAGGAAAGCAUACAUAAGUAAACCAGUACCUCAGAAACAUGCUGCUCCUGGUCUUGCAUAUUUCCACAUCCCUCUACCAGAAUAUGCUAGUUUGGACUCAUCAAACAUGACAGGUGUGAAACUGGAACCGGCUGGCAAUGGCAUUAGCUCUCCUUCUGUGAACUCUGGCUUCUUCACAACCUUGCUUGCAGCAGGAGAUGUGAAGGCAGUUUUCACUGGCCAUGAUCACCUCAAUGACUUCUGUGGCAAUCUAAUGAAUAUACAACUUUGUUAUGCUGGGGGAUUCGGAUACCAUGCAUAUGGAAAGGCAGGGUGGUCUAGGAGAGCAAGAGUGGUGGUGGCUAGCUUGGAGAAAACGGAGAAAGGAAGCUGGGGAGAUGUCAAGUCAAUUAAAACAUGGAAACGCCUUGAUGAUCAACAUCUUACUGGAAUUGAUGGUGAGGUCCUGUGGAGCAAGAGCACUGGUGGUAACCAAGGAUAAAAACACAUGAAGUUGCUUGCGAAUUUAAAAAUAAUGCAGAAAGAUAUUGGCAUCCACAAUUCCACAUGGCGGCUAUAUAUCUUGGAACUUGUAAUGGUUGCUAUUCAAUAAAUUUUAUUCAUGGAAAUUUGAAACUCGUUGAUAUAUACAUCCUGUGAUUCUAUACUGCAAUAGAAGUUGGCUUGCUAAAGAAUAAAAUAGGAGUGAAAGGUUCAUAAAGUAGGUGCAGUGAUUAUGCUGUGUUAUUGCUAGUUUGCAACUAUCCAUACUCCAUAUACCCACUUGUAGGAUCAUGUUAUUGAUUUGAAGUUUUUAUAUAUGGCCUUGGAACCAGAAACGGUUUUCUUGAGAA